ACCUCCCCCGGCACCAUGGCCCUGGCCAGCCCGGGGACGCAGGAGGAGAAGGGGCUGCGUGGGGGAGCCCUGCGUCCGGACGGGGGCCGCGGCGCGUCAGGCAAGGACUGUCCGUACUGCGGGAAAACCUUCCGCUCCUCCCACCACCUCAAGGUGCAUCUGCGCGUCCACACAGGCGAGCGCCCGUACAAGUGCCCACACUGCGACUACGCCGGCACCCAGUCUGGCUCGCUCAAGUACCACCUGCAGCGUCACCACCGGGAGCAGAAGCCCAGUGUGGGCACGGGCACAGCUGGGCCCUUGGAGCCGCGAGGCCACAUCGUCCUAAAAACUUCACCUCUUUCUCAGUUAGAGGUCUGCCGGCUGCCUUACAGGCAGCUUCCCACAUAG